GCUGCAGCGCACCGUUCGGCCCGUGGAGGGCACAUCGAACAAUUACAGUUGCGAAACGUGCAACGGGCUGAAGAGGAACGGAGAGCGCAGGAGGAACGGCGAAAGCUCCUUAGGGAGCUAAGACAGCGACGCUAUUUGAUUCAAGAGAGGCAACGGGCGCUGGGUUCUUUGGGUGAUACAAAGAUUUCGACCAAGGUCAGAGCGUCCAUGCCAGAGGCGAUACAUGCGGCUGGCGCGAGCCUAGGCGGCGCGCCCAAUGGGUUGCUGUUCCCCGACAUGGACGGCUCCAGUUUCGCCAGCUUCGCUUCCGCCGGUGACAAAGCCGAAACUGCACCUGCUGUGUGCUUUCCGAGGAC